UUUGCUUUGACUUCACCUAUUGUUGUUGACAUGGACGAGUCCGAAAAGUGAUUUCUGAAUUGUUUUUGUGUGAAACGCGCAGGCUGUGUUGAACUUUUAAGUUAAAUAAAUAAUUACGACAGACUUGAGAAUAAUUAAACUUUAUAAUGUUAAGUCAGGCCAUAGUUGAUACAAUUUACUCAACAAAAUUUAUCCAAAAUUACUUUGACUGCAUAGAAAAUUUACCACUACAAUUGCAACGAUAUCUUUCACGAUUACGAGAGCUGGAUGCUACUUGUCAGAUCUACCUUCGAGAAAUCGAUCAACAACAGGAAGAACUAAGUAAUCCAGAUAUUGACGUCUCAACAAAGUCUCAAGCUCUAAAAAAAUUAAUGCAGGCACUCAUUUACACUCAAGAAAUUGGAGAUGAAAAACUUCAUAUAGUGCAAAUUAUUCAAGAUCUUGUAGAAAGUAGAACUAAGCAGUUAGAUGUAAAUUUUGAACAUAUAGAUGCUUUAAGAGAUCAAGAAAGCAAUCAACCAAUCAAGGAUCCUAGUAUAAAUACCAAUAUCAAUGCAAAUAGUAGUAAUAGUAACAAUGAGAAAUCAGUGAAACGAGUGAGGCGCACCAGAGCUGAAAUGGAAUCUGCUCAAGCUAUGGACCUUGAUGCAAUGUCUGAAAAUCCAUCAUCUAGUGCUGUAAACUCUUCAAAUGGAAACCAAAGGAAAGCAAAUGCAACAAACACUAGUAAGAAGAAAAAAAGGAAAUCACGUCAUGACAGUGUACGUGAAGAUACACCACCAUUACCUGACGAAGAAAUAGAUCCAAAUGAGCCUACUUAUUGUUUAUGUGAUCAAAUUUCUUAUGGAGAAAUGAUUAUGUGUGACAAUGACUUAUGUCCAAUAGAAUGGUUUCAUUUUUCUUGUGUUUCUUUGAGUACAAAGCCUAAAGGUAAAUGGUUUUGUCCAAAAUGUAGAGGUGAUAGACCUAAUAUUAUGAAACCUAAAGCUCAAUUCUUAAAAGAAUUAGCAUUAUACAAUAAAGAGAAAGAGGAAAAAUCGUAAUUGGAAUAAUAUUAAAUAUUAUUUUUUAAUUUACUUUUCAAAUGAUCAAGUGAAUCUUUUCAAUAAUAAUAAAAUUAUGUCAAAUUGACAAUGAAUUAAAUUAAGUUAGAAAAGUAAUGUAUUCUAUUGGAAACAAUUUUCGAAAUAUUGCAUAUUAAAAUGUAUAUUAUUUCUACAGGUAU